AUGCCAUUCGGACUUAAAAACGCGCCAGCGACGUUCCAAAGACUCAUGAACACGCAAUUUCCAGCAGAAAUGCUGGAACCAAUUAACUCAGAUCUGGCCCAAGUGGCUUUAUUUUCAAAAUUAUCUAUUAACAAAAUAGACACAUCGCGAAAUAAUGAUAACGAACAAGUAAACAUAGAACAGAUAGAACCUAACGAAAGUAGUAAUAAUAGCAACACAGAAUCAAAUGACACAAUCAAUUUAAAGGAAACGAAUGAAAUCUCUAUAGGAGAUAAGAGGGUCAAUAAAAAACAAAGAUCACGAAUAGCCCAUUACGAGGGACUUAGCAGCCCUGCCGAUAAUGCGAUAACAGAAAACAGCGGGAGUUUUUUAAGAAACAGCGGGGGCUCGGCAAAUAAUAACAAGGGCUUUUUAAAGAAUAGCGAGGGCGUUAUAAUAAAUAAUGAAAACUUUAACAGUAACAAGGAAAUAGGAAUAACAAAACCUAUCCUAACUUCGACCCGGAGAGUAAGUUUAAGAAAUAAAACAGACCCAAGCGAAGUGCGAGCAAGUGAAGUAGAAACCGCGAACCCGAGCGAUGUAUGUACACGAAGUAGGCCGAAUAAAAAUGUAAAAACACACGAUCCCGCCACGUCGCUGGAAGAAAAAUCAACGAUCGAAACUAACCAGCAAAUUUCACCAGCAGAAAGAGAGAUGGCAGAAGAUAAUAGCCAGCAGGAACUCCCAGAUAACCUGGAGGAGUUGCAACAAAUCUUGGAAGAAACAAAGAAAGAGAAGGAGCAGGCGAUAAAGGAACAAUUAAAAGAGGCAAUAAAACAAAUAAGACGCGAAACCAUGGAGAUAAAAGCCUCAAUUGAACGAAAAAGGUCGAACGAGACAUGGGAGGAGUUACCGACAGUAGAAGAAGAAAAGGAGGAACAAAAGUCACCAUCACCGCCGUGGAUUUAUACCAACCAAUCGCCAAAGAGAGACACAUAUACAAUUGACAUCAACCAACCGUCAACAAGCGGCACAUACAGAGCAUCAAGGAAAUUACAACUCACGAGAUACUCUACAAAACGAAGAUACUCUAAGAGGAGGGAAAGACCUUACUUAUUCGUCGACGAAGAAGAUAUCAGCGAAGUCGCUCAACGAUAUAAACAAGUAGCGACAAUAAUAAAAACAGAAACAACUAAAAAACAAACAGAUCCAGGAAAAGCAACCAUAAAGUGUAUUCGAAAACUUCUUCUUGUGGACAUAAGCACAGCCAAAGUCAUAUUACGCGACAUACAAACCGAUAAAUGGAAACAACGGCUGAAACAAAAAACACCACCAAUGGUCACAACAAGUUUAAAUGUUUCCCCUAAAUCGCGGGAAGAACUGAAGAACAUAACUCCACCGAUUCAAACAAAUAAUAACAAACAAAUAAAGGUAAACAUUCAACAAACGAUCCCUGUUAAUAUACAGCUAAACAAACUCAUGGAUCAACUACAAAAGAACCUAGAAGACAACAGACAGACUAAUGAAACACAAACAGAAUCAGAAGACUCCGUCAGGAUAAUUACACCUGCCAUAAAACUAAGACAACCAUCAGCUGAAACACAAAGCACAGCAGAUGCAGCAAACGAAGAAACGCAGAAAAGCCCAACAGAACGCAGAAAAACGAUGAAGAACGUACAUAAAUACAGAAAAACUAUGAGUAACGUAAGAAGACGAAAAGAGAACGAUGUGGAUGUGGUUGUGGAUGAUGUGGAUGUGGAUGCGAAUAUAGAGAAACGUAGAAAAGCGCAACAAAACGCAGAAAACGCUGGAGAACGCAGAAAAAUACAGAAAAAUAAUGGAUAA